AUGGCUCAAUUUAAUAUCGACGACAGGUUGUUCCAAUAUACGAGGAUCUUUAGUAUAGUGGUUUCAUUGGGUGUAGUAUUCUUGAUUGCUUUAACCAACGCAACGGAUAGUGUUAAUCAUGAUGGCACUAAAGAUCAAUAUCGAUCAAGAGUUAUCAAAAUAGUGUCUUACACUGGACUAAUUAUGGCAGGUUUGGCAUUUGCUCUUCCAUAUUGGAUAGUAUUAAUAUGCAAAUUUAAUACUAUUAGAAAUGAGCCUGUACCAUCAGAAUCCUCAGUUUAA